ACGUGAUCUCUCAGUUGAUCCUGCUGCCAGCCAGCGAAAGAUUGAACCGCUCGAGGAGCCGCUUCAUUCAGUCGAGUGUUGAGCGCGAGAGCCAGAGUCAUGUCAACCGCAACAGCAGAAGCCGAGACCCGUCAGAGACUGCUGCGAAACGUGAAGAAGGAGGUCAAGCAGAUCAUGGAGGAAUCAGUCACAAGGAAGUUUGUCCAUGAAGACAGCAGCCAUAUUGUCUCAUUCUGUGCUGCUGUCGAAGCCUGUGUGCUUCAUGGGUUGAAGAGGAGAGCUGCUGGUUUCCUACGAAGCAACAAGAUAGCAGCACUCUUCACCAAAGUGGGCAAGAGCUUCCCUCCAGCUGAGGAGUUGUGCAGAAAAGCCCAGGAGCUGGAGUUGAUCCUUGAGAGCAAACGAACCCAGUCUAUAUCAUACAGCGAGAGCACCCGUAAGAUGUCUAAGGUCACAAACUUCUCCCCUCAGGCCACCAGACACCUGUGGAUCCACACUGCACUCAUUGAGAAAGUGUUGGACAGGAUUGUCCUGCAUCUGGUGGAAAACAGCAGUAAGUUUUAUGAAAAAGAAGCUUUCCUAAUGAACCCAGUGGAGGGCCCUAUCCUCGCCUCUUUGUUAGUGGGCCCGUGUGCAUUGGAGUACACUAAAAUGAAGACCGCAGAUCAUUUCUGGACCGAUCCUUCAGCUGAUGAGCUGGUGCAGAGGCAUCGUAUUCACAGUGGCCACUGCAGACAAGACUCACCUACUAAAAGACCUGCCCUCUGUAUUCAGAAAAGACACUCUAGUAGUAGUAUGGAUGAAAGGUCCUCUCCCUCCCCCUCUGCCAGGGACUACGUGGAGUCUCUUCAUCAGAAUUCAAGAGCGACUCUCCUGUUUGGCAAGAACAAUGUGCUGGUGCAGCCGAGGGACGAUAUGGAAGCAAUCCCAGGAUACCUCUCUCUGCACCAGACGGCUGACUGCAUGACUCUGAAAUGGACGCCAAAUCAGCUAAUGAACAGCUCAGUGGGAGAUCUCGAUUAUGAGAAGAGUGUUUACUGGGACUAUGCCAUGACAAUCCGCCUGGAGGAGAUUGUAUACCUGCACUGUCAUCAGCAGGUGGACUGUGGUGGAACAGUGGUUCUGGUUAGUCAGGAUGGGAUCCAAAGGCCUCCACUUCGUUUCCCUCGUGGUGGUCACCUCCUUCAGUUCCUCUCUUGUCUGGAAAAUGGUCUGCUGCCUCAUGGCCAGUUAGACCCACCACUUUGGUCCCAGAGAGGAAAGGGUAAAGUAUUUCCUAAGCUAAAAAAGAGAUGUCCACAGGGAUCCUCAGACUCUGUCUCAGACAAAGAAGAGGAAGAGGCAACAGAUUAUGUCUUCCGCAUUCUUUUCCCAAACAGCCAAUCAGAAUUUGUGAUGGUUUCACACUUCUCCCAUCUCACCCUGGGUACUGCCCUCCUGGCCCGCUCUCUUUCACUGAAUUUAAGAUGGCCAUUGCCUUCUAAAUGCCAGACCCUGGUGAUGCCAAAGCGCUACUUCAGCUGCCCGGGAGAUUCCCCAUCCUCCCCACAGCCCAGCUUGGCACCAGAAUUGAUAGAUCAGGGAGCAAACAUGUGGCACCCAGCACCAAGGAAAUCAUCUUGCUCUUCCUGCUCACAAAGUAGUUACUCUAAUGGAGGACCACCCAAUGGUUGCAACCAUGAAAGGGCUCCUCUGAAGAUGCUUUGUGACAAUAUGAAGAAUCAGAUCAUCUCCAGGGCUUUCUACGGUUGGCUGGCAUAUUGCCGUCACUUGUCCACAGUACGCACUCACCUGUCUGGCCUUGUCAAUCAUGCUAUUGUGGAACCAGAUGUGCCUAGUGACGCUCACAGAGGCCUUACAACAGAAGUGUGGCACAAGUUCCUUCAAGAUUGCAGUACCUUUGAAGAGAAGGAGUUGUUGCGGCUUGUUUAUUUUGGAGGGGUUGAGCCUUCUUUGCGCAAGGAGGUCUGGCCCUUCCUGCUGGGCCAUUACCAAUUUGGAAUGUCUGAGGAAGAAAGAAAGGAGGUGGAUGAACAGAUGCGAGCGUGCUAUGAGCAGACCAUGAGCGAAUGGCUUGGGUGUGAGGCCAUUGUCAGGCAGAGAGAGAAAGAACAGCACGCCGUGGCUUUAGCUAAGUGUUCAUCUGGGGCAAGUAUAGACAGCACCAUGCAGAGAAUAAUGCACCUGGACUCCACCAUCAGUAAUGAGUCCUCACAGAGCUGUAGUUCAGGCAGACUAAGUGAUUCCAGACUGCAGAGUGACUCUAGCGGCAGUACUCAGGUCUUUGAGUCAGUUGAAGAGGUCGACCAGAUUGAAACAGAGCCCAAGUGUGACGACAUCAAACAGGUUCACAAAAUCUCUGUUGGAGCACUCCAAAAUGGCACCAGUUCUCCAGACUCUGGUCACCCCACUUCAAGAAACUUCUCAGUUACUUCUGGUCAGUCAGAUUCCUUAAGCACAGAGGAUAGUGGGGUACAUGAGCCAAACCUCAAAGCCCAACCACAGCAGCCCUCGACAGCACAGAGCCCUACCAAACUCAAUCCUACCACCGAUAAAUCAAAUACAGACACUUCAACUGGAGAGGAAGAAAAGAUAUAUGGGAAAGUGGUGACAAGCAUAACAGGUACAACUAGUACAUCAGAGGGAAGCAAGAAUGCCACACAGAGUACCUAUGAAAGAGCAGAAGUUCAGACUGAGGGGUUGAAAACAGCUCACAGUGGCAUGGCCAAAAUGGAAGUGGAUGAUACUCAAGAGAGAACUUUGACAUCUGAAAAUGAAGCACUGAUGCAGCGAACUGAGUCAGAUUGUCCCAAAGCAACUGAGGUCCUGGAAUCAAUGAAUUUGAAUCAGGUAAGAGUGGACAGUCAGGAAACACAGAGAAUUGAAAGGUCCCAUAUGGGAAUAAAUUAUAUCAGAUCAAUUGGAGAGGAAACCAUGGAAACAAAAGAUCCCAAGGUAACUGAUGCACUUGCGGAGAAGGUUGCAACUAAAAUGCUGGUGUCUGUUUUAAAAGAACAUGAGUUGGAGAAAAUCAAUGAGGAUAUUAUAGUGAAAACCAACAAAACUAUCAAAGAUAAGGACUCUGAGACAUGGAUAGAUGACAUGACUAAUGUUACAGAGACACAAAGGAAUUGUGCAUUAAAACCAGAUAAUGAGCAAGAGGAGAAGACUUUGAACACCAAGGAGGCAUCAGAGAGAUUGACGAACAAGACACUGAAAUCACCAGGAACAAGAACAACAGGAAACAGAAAAGAAGCAUCUGAAAGUCCAAAAAUCUUGGCUGCAGAGCAAACAGAAGAGAAGGUUGUUAAAAAGAGGGUCACACAUAAAGAAAUGCAGAGAAACGCCCCUGUUGAAGAGAUGGUGGUCCCACUGGUGCAUGAGGCUUUUAGCACAAAAGAGAUGUGUGAAGCCCAAGCCGGAACUGAGUCAGAUGAGUCUCCCUCUGCCAUUGAAAUGGAGGAGAUUCCUACAGCCAAGGUUUCAAUGGCCUGGGACGAGAAGACUCCAUUUAAGAGAACAACCAGUGAGCAGGUAGCUGUUCCCACACUGGAGCUCAGGCUGGACGGGGCUCAAUGUAAGCCCUGUCUUGAAGGAACUGACUCGGCCCUGGCUGAAGAACCAGAGAUGGAGAGUCUUUGCCCACAGUUUGAUUUGUUGGCUGUGAACACAGAGAAGAAUGACUCUCCUGCUUCUUCAAUAGGGACCACUUAUUCUCAAGAGCUUUUGGAUAUGUACACUUUAAAUCUGCAUCGCAUAGAUAAAGAUGUUCAGCGCUGCGACAGAAAUUAUUGGUACUUCACACCUGCUAACCUGGAGAAACUACGCAAUAUAAUGUGCAGUUACAUCUGGCAGCACCUUGAAAUUGGAUAUGUUCAGGGCAUGUGUGACUUGCUAGCUCCCCUGCUUGUUAUUCUAGAUGAUGAGGCCAUGGCUUUCAGUUGUUUCUCUGAACUAAUGAAAAGGAUGAAUCAAAACUUUCCUCAUGGGGGUGCCAUGGACACCCACUUUGCCAACAUGAGAUCUCUUAUCCAGAUUUUAGAUGCAGAGAUGUUUGAGUUGAUGCAUCAGAAUGGAGACUACACCCAUUUCUACUUCUGCUAUCGCUGGUUUCUCCUUGACUUUAAAAGAGAGUUGGUUUACGAUGAUGUGUUUGCUGUUUGGGAAGCCACCUGGGCUGCAAAGUGUGUCUCCUCUAGCCAUUUUGUGCUAUUCAUUGCUCUCGCUUUGGUGGAGAUAUACAGAGACAUCAUUCUGGAAAACAACAUGGACUUCACAGACAUCAUUAAGUUUUUCAAUGAAAUGGCUGAGCAUCACAAUAUCAAGCAGAUUAUGACUCUGGCUCGAGACCUGGUGUGCAAAGUGCAGACGCUUAUAGAGAACAAGUAACACCAAAACCUCUCAUCUCUGUAACUCAUGUUCAACAAAAUAUCCCAUUAACCCUUGCUACAAAACAUUGGGGAACAUUUGGCCAGAGCAUAAUGAGCUAAAAGUAUAUGGGGGAGGUAGCGUAACAUUUCCAAUGACAAGCAUCCUUAUCUACCUGGAAUCAACUGGUGUGCAAUUCUUUUAUAGAGUCAUCUGGCUCUCUUAUCAGGUUUUACAGAACGUUAGUCAUGGUACAUAAAAUGUUAUGAAUAAGUAGAUGCUGAUAUGGAGCAUAGAUGACGACACAGAAUUUAACUCUGCUGUUGGUGCGUUUAACCGUUAGACCCAUGUACGACCUGUACACUGAAGUAGUAUUCUGUAUUCUCAUGUGCCAUUUAUUAGUUAUCCAGACUUUUCUGUGCACUGUACAACUGUAGCAGUAGAGGUCGAUGUGCUCAAGUCUUCUGGCUUUCGCACGUGUUUCUAUAACCUGCUGUCUUUACCGUGAGUUGUUUCACUAAAUCAGAUCAGGUUAUUGUAUCUAACGGUAUAUAUUGAAGAAAACCAAGGAAUGUCUGUAGGUUUCAGAAUUAGAUCAGAGAAAAAUAUGUCAGGUGUUUUUCAUCUGCUUUGUAAUGUUUUUGCCUCAGUACUGUGUUUCACUGCAAUGGUGUCUUGCUUUCAGCCACAUAUAUGAAUCACUUUAUGAAUUCCAGGAUUUAUAUUUAUUUUUUCAGAUUUAUGUUUAAAUCUAAGUGUGUGCGUGUGGACCGGGACCACUCUAGAAAAAAGAAAUUAAAGAGAAUACUCAGUUGAUUGUCUAUUUUGCCAGUGUUUACAAUCACUACCACAAGGCCUUUUCUGCUCAAUGUAUUCCUGCUGUUUGUGGACUGUACAAAAAAGUACAUGCUAUAUUUAUUAUAUAGAGAGAAUCUAUAUUAAUAACUUUGGUGUCAAUUGCUUUCAUGGACAUUAACACAAAGAAAUUAAAAUCAUCAGUGCUGUUGAUUAAUUUUUAAUCUUUGAAUGAAUUGAUCUGUUAAAUGUAUAUUGUGUUUCUUCAUCCGCCAACUACACUAUCCUCUACUGUAGCUUUGUUCACAUGUUUUGCAUUAGCAAGCUUUUAUCUUAGUACAUUAUUAAUGUAUUCAUAGUGAAGUAUUGAUCUUAGGAUCAAACUAGUAAAACCACUGAACUGAAACCUGUAGUUGAUCAGGCAUAACCACAAAGAGGUGCAAUCACAAUGUGUAUCAGAUCUUAAGCAUCUUUUUCACAUGUCUAAUCAGUAAUGUAAGACUAAAAUGACUAUGUAGCCACGCAAAGUAAAGCAAAUCAAGUAAACUAUGCACACUAAUUGAAUAAGUGUAUUCCUGACACUGAAAGACAUCACAUAUAUUUUAAGGAUUUGAAGUAAUUCAUAUUGUCAGAUAUGAGCAAUGCUUUAUCAUUGUCCUGCAUUGCAGCUUGUGAAUUUAAUCAUAAGAGCAAAAUGUGUACUAAAAUGUGUAAAAACUCAUUUAUAAUUUGUAUGUGUUGUUUUAACUUAUUUAUUUUAUAUCUGAAUGUUUGCAUUUUGUCUUUGCUUUUUUGUGUAAACCCUCUUGCUACACUGUGGCCAAUUACUACAAAAAGUGUUGAAAUAAAAUCUAUAUUAAAUGGUAAAUGUACUUGUAAAAAAAUAAAAUGGAAUUAUUCUUA